AUGUGCGGUGAGGAAGUAGUCAAGGUGCGCUUAGAUGCGUACAAUGAUGGUAGUCUAGCCGCGUUGGCGGAAAGUAUAUUGGUCACACCCAAACCCGUGGGCUCUGGCAGGCCCACUGGUUCUGCGUCAGAUGAAGCUUUAAUAGUUUCGGGACUGAAAGGACAAAAAUCACAGAAAAAAAAAAAAUUGGUCACGACGAGGUCGGCCACUAUUCAGACCAGUUACUGCAUCAGUGCCGUGAAGAAAUCCACCGAUGUGCCCUCUUCGGUAGUAGUAGGGGCGUGCAAUAAAAAG